GCCGUACACACUGAGAACCAAGUCGACGAAUUACAUAAUAGAUAGCUAGCUGUGUACUCUCGAAACUCGUACUUACAAACAAAAAUAUAAAAGGCUUUCAUAAAAUACCAUUUUUCUUUUGGUUAUUCACACUUCACAUCCCGGAACAAAUCAAAAAUAUUCUAAAUGACAUUGACUUUUGUUGUCACGGGCACGUCUCGAGGAAUUGGUGUUGAGUUUAUCAAGCAGCUCUCUGCCAAGGGCCAUACUGUGUUCGCAUGCGCACGUAACCCACACCAGUCAGAUAAACUCCAGGUCUUAAUCAAUGAUAUAAAUGUGCAUCCUGUCGCUAUGGACAUAACAAAUCAAGAAUCCGUCAAGGCAGCUGUCGAGCAAAUACAGACACUGGCCCCCGAAGGCAUCGAUGUACUGAUCAACAAUGCUGCUAUUCCUGGCGUUUCGGGUGCUAAUGUUACAAAUACUACUGCAGAGGACUAUAUGAAUGUUUUCGAAACAAAUGUGGUUGGCACUUCGACUGUCACCAUGUCGCUUUUACCAUGGCUUCGUAAGCGUAAUACUCGGCAUAUCGUGAAUAUUGUCUCGAUUAUGGCAUCCAUGCAGAAUACUACCCGCGGAAUUGGUGCAGCCUACCGUGUAUCCAAAGCAGCGGAAAACAUGCUGACAAGAACAUUGGCCGGAGAACUGGGUGAAGAAGGAUUUGUGGUUCUGGCAUUGCAUCCAGGGUGGGUAAAGACAGAUAUGGGUACCGAUCAGGCUUUGUAUACACCGGAAGAGUCGGUCAGUGGUAUGCUCUCGGUUAUUGGAGAUAUGUCACUGGAAACCAAUGGCAAAUUUAUAUCCUUUCAAGGCAAAGAACUUCCUUGGUAGGACAGCAAUAGAGUUUGUGUGUCAAUGGAAAAUAAAGCACUUUUUUCCAUACUUGUAAAUAUAAAUGAGACUCAUCUGCAUUUGCGCUACAUAAUUGACAUGUUUCUUAUUUUCUCUACUGUGCCACAUGCAUUAUCUGUAUACUAAAGAGGCAUUUAGAAAGACUUUUACGUAAAAGAUAAAGAUUUACUGAAC